CAAAGCCCAGAGACGCAAAAAUGAGGACCCUUGAUAGAAUAGGGGAUCGUAUGUUUUUUUUCUAUUUCCUGCUUUUCGAUCUUUUCCUAAACUGGUGCGGAGGCAAAUGUUUGAUAUAUGUAUGAGAUCUCCGAGACUGAAUUUUUCUCGUGCUCUUGGAAUCCUUCAUGCGUUGAUGUUUUAGCCAUUGAUUCAUGACACCCCCUUCUUUUUCGCUCAGCUUCAAUUACGAAACGGCGGCUUCACUCUUUUUUUUGGCUGUUUAUUAAAACUAUGAACUGAGCCAUACCUCUUCUUUUUCAUCUUAUUUAAAAUUAUUUUACGGUUUAUUGUUUGGACGUAAUAACGUGUUAUCAUUGACUUGUCAUUUUGUUUCUCUCUUCGUUUGCCUUCCUUCAGACUUCGAACUCACUUAUACUCCGUUGCUCGCAAAUUAAAAACAACAACAACAUCGAUAUCAACAAUCCGUCCACCAUGGAUGAAAAGCUUGCUUCGCCAGUGAGCUCGAGCCACUCGGCCUCGUCAUUGGACGAUCCCGCGGCCAAGGUGCAGGAGCUCAAGCGCAUCUACCGAAAGAUCGACUUGAACAUUGUGCCGCUCAUGUUCUUUUGCUACUUCCUGCAGUUCCUCGACAAAGUUCUCGUCAACUACGCCAACAUCAUGGGCAUCUCCAAGGCCCUUCACUUUGUCGGAAACGAUUUCUCCUGGAUGGCUACUGCCUUCUUCAUUGGCUACGCCGUCGCCGAGUUCCCCCAGGGCUACUUGAUCCAGAAGUUUCCUGUUUCCAAGGUGCUGGGAUUCAACGUCCUGCUCUGGGGUAUCGUUGUUUGCUGCACCGCUGCGACGCAGACCUUUGCCGGCGUCGCUGCGGUCAGGACGCUGCUGGGUAUGUUCGAGGCCGUCAUCACCCCGGCCUUGGUCAUGAUUACGUCUCAGUGGUAUACUAGAAAGCAGGCCACUCUACGCACGGGUAUCUGGUACUGCGGACUGGGGGCUGGGCAGAUUAUGGGAGGAUUGAUCUCCUGGGCGGCUCAGCACGGCUCAACGACGUCUUCAUUCCAGAGCUGGCGCAUCAUGUUUGUCUCUGUUGGCGUUUUCAACCUCUUCGUCGCCGUCGCCGUCAUCUUGCUCAUGCCAAACAGCAUCACCUCAGCCAAGUUCUUGACCGAGGAGGAAAAGGCUCUUGUCGAGGAAGUAUUGGCCCGAGACCAGGCUGGAUCUGGUAAGAAGGUUUUCCAUGUGUCCGGAAUCUGGGAUGCCCUCAAGGAUCUCCAGGUGUGGCUGUUGUUUGUCAACACCAUUCUUAUUGUGAUCCCCUCUGGUAUCAUUACCACUUUCUCGGCGACCAUCAUCAACUCCAUCUUCCUCACGCCCAUGAAGUCUGCGCUUCUCAACAUGCCUUCUGGUGCCAUCUCCAUCUUUGCAACCCUGGCCGGUUCCUAUGCGAUUUACUUCAACCUACCUCGCUGGUUGAGCAUCAUUGCACUCCUGAUCCCCACCAUCAUCGGCGCGGCAUUGAUGUCCUUUGCCAAAUCCAAGGGUGGUGCCCUGGCUGGUGUCUACCUCAUCAACUUCGACGUGGCCCCUCUGGCUCUCAUCUACGCUCUGGUCGGUGCCAAUACGCAGGGAUACACGAAAAAGGUUACCGUCAAUGCCAUCAUCGCCAUUGCCUUCUCCAUCGCCAACAUUAUCGGCCCACAGACGUUCCAGGUCAAGGAUGCCCCCAAGUAUCUUCCCGCCAAAAUCACCGUUCUUGCCGUCGCCGCCGCAUCCAUUGUGGUUACGAUUCUACAAAGGGUGCUCUACGGUAUGCGCAACGCCAAGACAGCUGCUGCUCAAUCGUUAUUUUAUUUCACAAUGCCUUCAUUAUUAGUACCAGAUAUUGACCCCCCAGCGCUGGUUGUCGUCACAGGCGCCAACGGAUUCAUUGCACAGCAUUGCGUCGCUGCAUUACUAGCAGCUGGUUUUCAGGUUGUUGGAACAGUCAGGAGUGCCGCCAAAGUCGAGACUGUAAUAAGGACACAUCAUGCACACCCUAAAUUGCAAGUCGUUGUCAUCGAAGACCUUACAGACGUCCAAAAAUAUCUCGAGAUUCUUGAACCUCUAUCACCAACUGCGAUUUUUCACAUUGCUGGGCCAUUUCACUACAACGCGAAAAACUUUGAGCAAGAGAUGAUGAUCCCCGCGGUAAAGGGAUCGAUAGCCGUCCUAGAGGUGGCAACAAAGAUUAAAAGCAUCCGGCGAGUCGUUCAUACAAACAGUUUUGCGUCAAUAUACGACGCUGCAGCCGGUCCAAGUCCAGGAAAAAUCUACACAUCUCAGGACUGGAGUCCGCUGGAAUACGAAGACGGGGUAAAAGCCGACAACGCGCCCACGGCGUAUCGAGCAAGCAAGGCGGCAGCCGAAAAGGCAGCGUGGAAAUUUAUGGAGGAGAAGAGGCUCGGAUUCGAUCUUGUUAGCUUGUGUCCUGCCAUGGUGUUUGGCCCUUUUCUUCCAGGGGCUGAGCCAAUGAGCAUUGCCGGCGUCAACACAAGCAAUCUCUUGCUCUGGGCUGCCAUCUCCGCUGGUCGAGACUUCGCUGUGCCGCCAACAAAGGGUCCUAUCUGGGUUGAUGUGCGUGACGUCGCAGAUGCUCACGUCAAAGCUCUCCGAGGGGUAGGACUUGGUGGCGGCCGCUACCUCCUAGCCUCUGGUGUUUACUGCAACCAGGAGCUCGCAGACAUAAGCAGACGAAUGUUUCCAAAAUACGGAGAUAGAAUCCCGAUUGGCGAGCCUGGCAAACGGGAGUCCCACACGCAUUUUGGCAUCAGCACAGAAAAGACGGACAAUCAUCUGGGGAUGAAAUGGAGGAGCCUAGAGGAUAGCCUGACUGACGCCGUGCCUCAACUGUUCGAGAUUGAGCGGAAUCAGGCUUAGGGCUUUAUUGCUUGAGCGAGUUUGGAGUUGCGAUAGUACUUUGGCACCAAGGUGCUGACUCGACGUGUUCUUGAGCUGCUUAUGCCACCAUCCUCGUCUUAGUGGGAAUAGUGCCGGGUGCUAUCAAGCGAAAGUGAGAGCCAUAAUUGGUAGUCGCGAACGAAAGUAUAUCCAUCGGUACAAGCGUGGCCUCCAGGAAUACUCAUGUUUAUAGGUAUUGCCAGGAAGCUGGCUAUAUCGACCUUGAUCUUCUGAUGUAUAAUGCAUUGUCAUGACGGAGUUUGGAUGAGGUUUUUGUUUUCAGGGGCUAGGCCGGCAGAUAGAAGACUGGCAAAUAGAAACUCAGCACCAUAAAAUGAUUUGGUAACAAAAUACUCAAACAAGAUUAAACGCCAUACAUGUAGC